CUUAUAAUAUACUUUUAGAGCAAACGAAUCUCUCUCUUCGAUUUUUAUUUGCUUAAAGUACAAGAAAACUAAAUAGUUAACAAUUCAAAAAGCAAUAUUUACAUGGAAGAAUUUAUUUCAUUUUGUACAAAAGUGAUGCCUCCGCAAACCAAAUCAAUAACUUACACGACAACCGUGUACGAUCAUGGAAUUUUUUUUUGAAGUCUUAACAAUCGAUUGUAAGCAACUAGACUUAACAUUAAUGACUCCACGCUAAUAAAAAUUAUUGAAGUCGGUGGAGAAAUUUAAAAGCUCCCCAUUUACUCGCAUUUGUUUUGCAGGCUCUUGCCACCGCUAUGCGGGGCGUUGACCCAUAGCAGCAGCUGACCAAAUCGACCAAUGAGCGGCUAGUUUUUCCGUCUAUGACGUGUUUGUUUUGGACCUUGUUAGAGUUAAUUGUCUUGUGUUUUAGGAGUCACGCAUGAACGUCGACAUGGAUGCUUCACUGAAAGAGUUCCUAAUAAAGCGUAACAUUGGUGAAGACGUUAUUCAAAAGCUUGAAGAUGAAAACAUUGAUAAAACUGUAAUUCCUAUGAUGACAGACAGUGACUUGGCAAAGUACAUCCCUAAAGCUGGAGAUAGAAUCUCUACUGUGGCCUUUUGCAGACAAGUCAGUACAUCAAAUCAGUCACAGUCCAGGAAAGACACUAUACUUUCAAGACUACGACAUAGGCUGUCUUCUGGUGAUGACAGUAUUCCUGCAAAGAAAAGUUCUUCAUGGAUUGGAAACUCAAAUGCUAAAAAAACACAGAGACGCAUUGAGCUUGGGUGGAUGGAUUUUGAUGAAAAAGAGCAGCGGUACAAACAAGUGAAGGCAAUAAAUGGUGGAGGAACAAGACAUCUCUCUCUAGACAAAAACAAAACGGUGAAAGAUGUGAAGGAUGAUGCUGAAAUUCUGUUUUUCCCAAAUGGUUAUUCAAAGAAACAAAAAAAACUUUCACACUACACAACUGAUAUUGAGUGCUCUCAGGUGCAUGUUGAAAUGUCCAAAACAAUAGAGCAGUUGUACAGUGAAAGCAAAGUCAGAAUUCUGAGACUGUAUCUGUGUACCAAAAUGAAACCAGAAGAGCAAUCCAGUGAUGAGGAUGAAGCUGUUACUGCAGUUAUAGAUCUCAAUGACAGUGAAACAGAAAACGUAAUCAAUUCAGUGUCGUCAGUUGACUCUGAAAUUACUUUAGGAGCUUCUGAGAGUGAAACUGUGCAAAUGGAUGACACAUUACCAUGGGAUCAUUUCGAACAUCAAAUAAUUGAAGAACCAUUCCUUGCUCCUGAAACGGUAAUUAUUGUAACUGAGAGUGGCUUUGAAGUUCCACCACUAGAUGAACUAAAUCCUGAUGGUCUAAUUUCAACAAGAGAAAAUUUUCUGACCUCUCCAGUCAUUGAUGAAAUCCAGUCUGUCUCUACACCAGAAACUUUGUUGGGAGACAAUGGUGUUCCAGCUCAAAUAGGUCAUGAACUACAACCUUCUGUUGCGACACUGAUUGUGAGGAGAGGACAAUGUCUCACUGACCUUAUUAGUGCUUUUAAAAAUCCAGAUGUUAUUAAUACAGAAGUUCACAUUAAGAUGCGUUUACCAAAUGGAGAUCUUGAAGAGGGUGAAGGAAUUGGUGUAUUUCGAGACUGCCUGACUGAAUUUUGGACAGAUUUUUAUGACAGCUGCACUCUGGGGGUGGAUGUAAAAGUACCCUUUAUCAGACAUGAUUAUCAGUAUGAAGAGUGGCAAGCAGUAGCAAGAGUGUUUGUUGUUGGUUGGAAGCAAGCUAGCUAUUUACCUGUGAAACUGGCAACACCUUUUCUGGAAGAAGUACUGUAUGGCACUACAACCAGUAGCCUAAAGGAUUCCCUUUUGUUGUAUGUAUCUGAACAAGAAAGAGCUGUUCUUAUGAGUGCUUUAAAAGACUUUGACUCUGUUGACUCAGAUGAACUGUUUGAUGUUCUUGAUGCACAUGAGUGCAAACAGGUCCCCAACAAAGACACACUCAUCCCUCUCCUAGCACAAAUAGGACACAAGGCCAUCAUACAGGCCCCAAUGUAUGUGAUUGAGUGUUGGCGUCCCAUUAUGGUGCAUGUGGCUAGUAUGCUACCACCAGAUGGUCUGCAUCAAGCAAUUAAACAGAAGAAACCAACUGCAAAAAUAGUAAAGGAGCUGUUACACUUCCCAGAUGACAUGACAGCAGCCCAGGCAGCGGUUGCACGCUAUCUGAAAAAGUACAUUGGUGAAAUUGAUCAGAACACCCUUCAGCUUUUCCUCCGGUUCUGUACUGGUUCAGAUUUAAUGGAUAGGCCUAUAACUAUUGAGUUCGUUGAAACUAGUGAUUUUCUACGCAGGCCACAAACACACACAUGCGGAUGCAUUUUAAAGCUCCCAGUAGGCUAUCACAGUUAUCCUGAUCUACGCAGUGAAUUCAAUAAGAUCCUGACAAGCUCCGUGUGGGCCAUGGAUAUUAUUUAAGUGCAUGAAAAUGAAUUGGAUGGUGACCAAAUUCUAUGAAAAAGCAUAAUGGGACAUAAAAAAUGUUGACACAGUUAAAAGCCUUUGGAACAAAAAUACUACAAAGAUAAUUGUACUGUAACCAAGAUUGUUACUGUUUUACAAUAACAGGUAUUUUAUGUGGUCAGUUCUAUAGUCAAUAGAGAAUUUGACACCACAGAUGUUAAUUGUUAAUGUUCAGUGGCACUUAAGGUAAAAUGUUUAACAGUGCCCUAUUCAUUACAGUGAAAUAUUCAUCUUCUUAUAUUCACAGACAGUUCAAGAGUAAAUUCUGUCCAAUUUUUAAUACCAAAGCAAAUAUUACUUUGUUUCUGAUUGUUAAUAUUCAGUAGUAAAAUAUGUAACAGUGUGCUAUUAAUAACAGUGAAACAUGGUACAGGAUACACACCAGUUUAUUUCUGUUUCAUUUUCCAAAUUGGUUCAUACAGGAAAUUACAAAAAAAUGUUGUGAACUGUCAAAGCUUACACACUUCAAAUCUACAGCAAGUGUGUAUGUGUAUAUUUUUGUUUGUUUAUUUUUUUUUUUUUUUU